AUGGCUCUCUUUACCAAGAUCUUGAAAGCCCACUACCAGCCAGCAUUAAUGCCUGAAUGGAAGGGGAUUUUUGAUCGCCUCGUUUUUGUCAGCAGGUUUCACCAGCUGCCCAAACUUUCUGGCAGCCAGAGCCUGGAGGUACGGAAUAAUGCUGCAGGCACAGCAGCUGAGGACAAAGAAGAGGAGGAGACGGUGGCGGCAGGGCUAGGGGAGGUCCGGCCGGCCACCCCGCAGCAACAUCAUCCCAAGGUAAAGACCCUGGAGGAAAUGCCAGGGCCCAAAACCCUGGCUAACCUGGUGGAAUUCUUCUGGAAGGAUGGCUUUAGCCGCAUCCACGAGAUCCAGCAAAAACACACAUUGGAAUAUGGAAAAAUCUUCAAGUCUCACUUUGGUCCUCAAUUUGUAGUAUCUAUUGCAGACAGAGACAUGGUGGCUCAGGUUCUCCGAGCUGAGGGAACCACUCCGCAGAGAGCCAAUAUGGAGUCCUGGCAAGAGUAUAGGGACUUACGAGGGAGAUCUACUGGGCUUAUUUCUGCGGAAGGGGAGCAGUGGCUAAAGAUGAGAAGCAUAUUGAGACAAAAAAUUUUGAAACCCAAAGAUGUGGCCGUUUUUUCUGGAGAAGUCAACCAAGUUAUUGCUGAUUUGAUUAAAAGAAUUUACAUCCUCAAGAGCCAGGAAGCAGAUGGAGAAACUGUGACUAAUGUUAAUAAUCUUUUCUUCAAAUACUCAAUGGAAGGAGUGGCUACUAUUCUUUAUGAAUGUCGUUUGGGAUGCCUGGAAAACAAUGUCCCCCAGCUGACUGUGGAGUACAUCGAAGCAUUGGAGUUGAUGUUUAGUAUGUUUAAGACCACCAUGUAUGCAGGAGCUAUUCCCAAAUGGCUUCGCCCAUUUAUCCCUAAACCCUGGAAAGAAUUCUGCAGAUCCUGGGAUGGACUCUUCAAAUUUAGCCAGAUUCAUGUUGACAAUAAGUUGAAGCACAUUCAGUCCCAACUAGAUAAAGGAGAAAGCAUAAAAGGAGGACUACUUACACACCUCUUAAUUAGCAAAGAGCUAACAUUAGAAGAGAUCUACGCUAACAUGACUGAAAUGCUCCUGGCUGGAGUUGACACAACUUCUUUCACUUUGUCCUGGGCUGCAUACCUUUUAGCAAAACAUCCUGAAGUUCAGCAAUCAGUGUAUCAUGAGAUCAUUAAAAACUUGGGAAAGAAACAUGUUCCAACCGCAGAGGAUAUUCCCAGAGUACCACUCAUCAGAGCUCUGCUCAAGGAAACCCUAAGGUUAUUUCCAGUUUUACCAGGAAACGGUAGAGUAACCCAAGAAGAUUUGAUUAUUGGAGGGUAUCUAAUUCCAAAAGGAACUCAACUAGCUCUAUGUCAUUAUGCUACAUCUUAUGAAGACGAAAAUUUCCCAAUGGCAAAGGAAUUCAAUCCUGAGCGCUGGCUGAGGAAAGGAAAUAUGGACAGAGUAGACAACUUUGGUUCUAUUCCCUUUGGUUAUGGCCUCCGCAGCUGUAUAGGAAGGAGAAUUGCAGAACUAGAAAUUCACCUUGUAAUGAUACAGUUGCUUCAACAUUUUGAGAUCAAAUCUUCUCCUCUAACUAAAACAGUUCAUGCAAAAACCCAUGGGCUUCUGACACCUGGAGAGUCCAUCAAUGUGCGAUUCGUUACCCGAAAAUGAGACUUGCUUUUUUUAGGAUGGCUUUAGCAGAUCCAGCGUGGAAACUGGCUUAUGUCUCCCUGAUGUAGGCCAGAGGCUCUUUUGUGUCGCUGAUCACUUGUGGAGAAUAAGUAAAAGGAUCAUUUCCAGAGACUGCUUGAUUAUAGAAAGACCUACAAUUUUCUAUUCUUUGCACAAAAGAGAACUACAAAUCUUUAUAUGGCGUGAUGUAAAAGAAAAUUUAUAUUUUACCUUUUCUUUU